AUGCCAGGCAGCAACGCUAGCAAAUCUCGAUCGCGAUCUCGCUCCCGCUCUAAGUCGAGGAGUAAGUCACCGGGAGCUAAGGCCGCUUCCCCAAAGCGGAAGACUCCUUCUAGGAGCAAGUCUCCCAAGCCUGCAGCAGCUCCCAAGAAGCGCAGCAGGUCCAGGAGCAAGUCGGCGAAGGGUUCUAAGAGGAGGCGCAAGACUUCUGCUAAGCGCGUAAAGAAAGCGAAGAGGGCCGCUUCGAAGAAACGCAGCAAAUCUAAGAAGAGGUCCGCGUCCAAGAAACGCAGCAAGUCCAAGAAGAGGUCCGCUUCCAAGAAACGCAGCAAGUCCAGGAAGAGGUCCGCUUCCAAGAAACGCAAAUCCAGGAAGAGGUCCGCUUCCAAGAAACGCAGCAAGUCCAGGAAGAGGUCCGCUUCCAAGAAACGCAGCAAGUCCAGGAAGAGGUCCGCUUCCAAGAAACGCAGCAAGUCUAUGAAGAAAGGAAGCCACUCUCGCCGGAGGCGAAGCGCUUCUAAGAACAGUAACAACUCCGCAAAGAAGAGGUCUGCCUCCAAGAAGAGGUCCGCGUCCAAGAAACGCAGCAAGUCCAGGAAGAGGUCCGCUUCCAAGAAACGCAGCAAGUCCAAGAAGAGGUCCGCUUCCAAGAAACGCAGCAAGUCCAGGAAGAGGUCGGCUUCCAAGAAACGCAGCAAGUCCAGGAAGAGGUCCGCUUCCAAGAAACGCAGCAAGUCCAAGAAGAGGUCCGCUUCAAAGAAACGCAGGAAGUCCAAGAAGAGGUCCGCUUCCAAGAAACGCAGCAAGUCCAGGAAGAGGUCCGCUUCAAAGAAACGAAGCAAGUCCAGGAAGAGGUCGGCUUCCAAGAAACGAAGCAAGUCCAGGAAGAGGUCCGCUUCCAAGAAACGCAGCAAGUCCAAGAAGAGGUCGGCUUCAAAGAAACGCAGCAAGUCCAGGAAGAGGUCCGCUUCCAAGAAACGCAGCAAGUCCAGGAAGAGGUCCGCUUCCAAGAAACGCAGCAAGUCCAAGAAGAGGUCCGCUUCCAAGAAGCGCCGCAAGUCCAAGAAGAGGUCCGCUUCCAAGAAACGCAGCAAGUCCAGGAAGAGGUCCGCUUCCAAGAAACGUAGCAGGUCCAGGAGAAGGCGUAGCAGGUCCAAGAAGGGUCACAAUUCAACAGGAAAAGUGUUGAAGCUUGUCGCCAGGGCCAUAGCCGCCAACGGAACCAGGAAAGGAGCCUCUAUACAGGCAAUCUGCAAGUACGUCGGUGCGCACAGCAAACUCAGUGGAAACUUCCUGAGGUUUGUCGUCCGUCGUGUUCUGCACACUGCCAUUAAGCAUGGCUCUUUGUCCCAUCCUCACGGGUCCAGCGGUUUUGUUAUAAAGAAAGCACCCGCCAAGAAAGCUGCCAAGAGGGGAGGUCGCAGGAAGAAGGCACCAAAGAAGACCAAAAAGGCCACCAAGAAGACCACCAAAAAGACAAAGAAGGCGAAGAAGGCGAAGAAGUCGAAGAAGGCAAAAAAGUCUGUCCGUCGCACAAAGCGCGCUGCUAGCCACAAGGCCGCUCACAGAGCCUCACCAAAGAGGCGCAGAGGCGGCAAAGCCAAGUAA